AUGAAGAAAUACGGAAGGGUCGCCCUGGGCGUCCACCUCUCCGUCUACGCCUGUUUCUUCGCAGGGUGCUAUGUGGCGGUGGAGAGCCACCUGGACGUGCCUGGCUACCUGGAGAGGUUUGGGCUCAUGACCCCCCCUGUGGAGGGCGAGCCCGCGCAAGAAAAGGGGUGGGUGCACAAGGCGCUGGCCGGCUCCAGUUCAAGCUUGGCGCUGGCAUUCAUCGCCAACAAGGCCUUGAUACCCAGCUGGAAGCCGACCGAAGACAGCGAGGAUCGAAGGACAACGUUCGUGGCACACCUUAAAGCCCUGAACUCUCAGUAUGCAAAGUGGAUAGCGCAGCAGGCCAGUUCUCAGCCUGCCCAGGUCUGGACGGCGGGGGCUGAAGACUACCUGCACCAUUCCAAGCAGCUUCUGGCCGACUUCCAGGACGUCCUCCAGGCGGCGGAUCAACCUGCGCCGUCUGCACUUGGAGCGACCAAGCCCAGCCUGCCUGCCUUUGGUGGGCUGAGCACGCCUGCCGCCACGGCAGCUACCCCCCUCUUCAAUUUUGGUGCAGCGCCGGUGUCCUUUGGCACACCAGGCCCCACUCCCUCUGCAGCGCCACCCAUUGAGGCCCACGAAGAGGAGGAAGACGUGCAGGAGGAGCCAGAGGAGGUUCAGAUAGAAACGGGCGACAUCCAGGUGCUGCUGAAGCAGCGCGCCUCGCUGCUCGUCAUGUCCGAGGCCAAGAAGUGGGAGGACCGAGGCCGGGGCAUGCUCACGCUGCGCCAGCCCCGCUCCGGCGGCCAGCCCUUUCUGGUGUUCACCACCGACACGGGGCGCGUGCUGGUCAACGCGCCCUUGGUGCGCGGCAUGAAGCCGACGGGGAACCCCAAGACGCCGCGCAACCUGGUCAUGGCCCUGCACAACGCGGUGGGGGGGGGACCCCCCGCGCACGGCAUGUACAUCUUCAAGGCGGAGGACGCGGAGGCGGCCAAGGCGCUGCGGGGCGCCAUCCUGCAGCACGUCUGA